AUGAAUUAAGGGGAUAAUUUCAUGUAAUUUUUCAUCAUUAGAUAGUGAAGAACUGAUGGAUGGUUUUCGCAUAUCUGAAUGCCAAAGCUAGGGAAAUGAAAGUGCUUUUAAAACCCUAUUAAGCCAAGUAAAAGAAAACAGGAAGUUACUCGGUAAGCAGUUAUACUAAAAACAACUAUUUUCAAACGAAUCUUCUUAAUUAGCUUCCACCAAUACAUAGUUUUCUUUGAGUAGAUCAAGCUUUAAUGCAAACGAAGAGAAUGUGUAAUGUUAAAUAGAGAGAGAAACUAUUAAACAAAACUAGCUCUAAAAUGUUAUUAAAACAAUUUAGAGAAAAAUAACUGACUAUAAGAAGCAUACAGAUGCAGUUCUAGAAUUAUUAUAAGGGUUUAAUAAAGACAAUGAAGCUGCUUAACAAGAAGGAAUUUAAUCAAAUUAGUUACUUUAAUAAAGUAAAAAAAAUGCUGCAGAAGCAUAGGAAUAUCAUUAAUUACUAAAAAAUGCUUAGGAGAUCGAAAAAUAAAUGUUAAUUGACAAACGCUCAUUAAUUUAACAGGAUAUAAAGGAAUUAUAAAAUGACUAUAUUGAAUAUAGAUUGAAGUAUUAACAAAAAAGUGAAAUAAUUUAAUAAUAAAGACAAGAGAUAGCGGAAUUAGAUGAGAAAAAAGCUAAAAUACAAUUAAAAUAGCAGGAACAAUCCACAGUGAUUUACUAUGCGAAUACAAUAAAGCUUUUAGAUGAGAUGAUCAAUAAAGAGGACCCAAGAAAUUUAUUUCAAUACUAAUUUGAGCAAAGAUAACAAUUAAUGAGAUAAAAUAAGAAACUAGCAUAAUCUUAAGCUCAAUCCUCAAAUCCAGCAUCGGUUAUGAAUAUUUUUGCAACUUAAAUAGAGCAGGUUGAAUAAGAAAUGAUUGAAUCUCCGAAGGCAGAAGAAAAAGAAAAAGAUCUGAAAUUAAUGGAAUUAAUAAAAAGCUCUAAUAAUCAAUUAAAUGAAUUAGAUAUACAAUAAGAUCUAUUAGCUUUUGCAGAUAUAGUAGUUCAAAAUUAUUAAGAGUAUAAGGAAUAGUUUGAUAGAUUGGGAUUUUAGUUUAUAUAAUUAAAUGAAAAAAAAUUUGAACUUUAAUAAAUUAUGAGAGAAACAAAAUAUUGUAAAUAUCCUGAAACAUCAAAUGGUCUCUUACCUUUGAAGUUAUCAGAUAAUUAUAAUAAUAAUUAAAUUACUUUAAAUAUAUUAUCAACAAGUGUUGAAUUGGAUUUGAAUGAAGAGCGUAAUGAGAACUAAGUAAAACGAAUUCAGAAUGCAGUAAUAAGACUAUUUAAUUUUUUGAGAAAUCAUGUGUCAAGAGUCAACCAUUUAAUUAAACAUAUAUAAGAACUAAGCGAAUUAGUUCCAUCGACUAUAUUUUUGAUUUUAGAACAAUUAAAAAAUUCUUUGUAUAUCAUUGAGAUUAUCAGAACGCCAACAUAAAAGAAGCCAUCAAUGUUGGCUACAACAGUUUUAGAGCAAAAGUAAGAGUUCAUUCAUGUUAAACAUACUAAGUUAUUGUCUCAAAAAUAAAUGUUAAAUACUGUUCAUAUUCCUAAGAAACAUGUCCAUGCAUCAAUUACAAAGUUUAAGUAUUUAGAAAUAGUGCAAAAAUUUAUAAAGUCUCUGCUCUCAGAUGAAAUAGAAAGAUUAUUUAUUCAAUAAGAUAUGGUGGAUGAGUAAUUAAAUAACUUAUUGACUUAGAUUAACCAAGGAAGUUUAGAAAUAUUGUGAAGAAACUGAUCCUGACGAAGAAGCAUUGAUGAGAUAUUUAGGAACCAAAAAGAUGUUUUUUCAACAUCAUUUAUAACAAAGGACUAGAGGAAUGUUAAAGAACGCUCUCUCGAAAUUGGGCGAAAUACAUUAGAAACUCAAAUUUUAAAGCUAAUAGCGUAAUUAUUAUCUCUAUAUAAAAGUUCGAUUAAAAGGUUUAGAUUUUACUGAAGGAAAGUUUAAAAGCGGAUGUGCUUUUAAUAGUAAUGAACUUCAAAUGAAAUCAUGCUAGCGCACAACAUCCAAUCACUUUGUCUCAAGCUAAUAAUCAUUUGAUAAUGUCUCGAUAAAUUACUCUGAACAUAGCAAACCUCAUGGAGGUAAGGAUGUAUUUCAUUUAUUAAAAAAAUUGACAAAUGUUAAUGAUAUUCAAGAGAUUGCAUAGUAAGAUUCUGAAGAUGUAACUAUUAAUAUUCAUAUUAGAGUAUUGAUAAAGAGAGAGAUAAAUUGAAAAAAUAGUAAUACUUUAUCAAGAGCUAAGUCAAUACAAAAGAUAAAACACAAAAGAAUCUAGAUGAUGAUGUAUUUUACAGGUUAAAUCCAUAAAGGCAGAAUCCCAAUAAGGAUUUAAGAAAUUAAUUAGGCAUUUUGAGGCAUAUGAGAAUUAGUAAAUAUUUUUUGAUAUUUGUUUAGGUGCUGCAAGAAGUAGCUGUUCAAUUGAUUAGGAAAUGAAAUCUGAAAUAUGGAAGAUGACUUGCCCUGUCUAACCUAAUAAGAUUAAAACUCGCAAAGAUACAUUUAGAAAAUUAUUCAAUUCGUCAGAUAAGAAAUAAGUGGACCUACUAUCCCUAAAAUAGAUGCAAACUAGAUCAUUUUAGACCAAUCUUAAUCAGUUGCCAAGAAAUACAUACACUUCAGGAGAUGAUGCAGAAACAAUUUGGAAGAAAAAAUUAAGAGCAAAGAAAAUUCUAAAUGCAAUUUCAGUUAAGGAAAAUUAGAAAGAGAAAUUUGGGUUUUUAGAAGUUAUCUGA